UACUACUGCUAAUCGUGCUCUCCAACCCCGAUCUCGCCGCGUUCGCCCACAUCGCCGGAUCCUGCUGCGCCACUGGCUACUUGCCCGGCAAGUUGGGCAACUGCAACCGCGAGAACUACUCUGACUGCUGCGAAGACGGCAAGAAGUACCCACAGUACCGCUGCUCCCCUCCCGUCACCGCUGAAACUCCCGCGACCAUGACAUUGAACAGCUUCGCUAAGGGCGGGGACGGCGGGGGGCCUUCGGAGUGCGACAACAAGUAUCAUCCAGAUGACGAAAUGGUGGUCGCAUUGUCGACCGGGUGGUUCGACGGGAUGAGCCGGUGCCUGAAGAAUAUCAUGAUAAACGCGAACGGGAACUCCGUGCUCGCGAAGGUCGUCGACGAGUGCAACUCCGUGAACGGGUGCGACAAAGACCACGACUUCCAGACGCCGUGCGCGAAUAACAUCGUGGACGCUUCGCCGGCCGUGUGGAAGGUGCUUGGGAUCCCGAAGGAGGUCAGAGAGCACAGCAUCAUCUGGUCGGACGCCUGAUUGAUUGGUUGAUUGAGUUGCAUCGACGUGCGCACUUUUGUGCACACACUUUGAUGCAUACAAAAUCUAUAACUAGAUUAAAAGGGGGUGCCUGUAAUAUAAUUCGUAUACUUUGUUUGCAUUACGUUGAGCUUAGUUGUUGCUUAUGUACGUACGAGUGUGGUGUGUUAUAUUAAUUUGUUGUCACUGUUCAUUUGUUUGAUGCGUACAUAUGCUGCACUAUUUAAACGUAAUAAUCAUAAUAUAUAUGUAUCAUAUUUAGUUGUGUUC